AUGAUGCCAGAUUGCUCUGCAAAAAAGGCUGUGGCAUUUCACACUACCAGCAGCCACGUGAAGGUGUUCAUUUCCUCGCAUCCUCCCCCGAAAUGUGUAUCGUCCUUCGGCAAUCCCACGCUCUUCGCGAGGCGCCAGCCUGGCCGAGGAAAUUUCCGCCCCCUCCCCAAGCCGGAGGCGGAGGCGGUUUCGGAACAUCAGGUGCCCAGACCCGCGGCGCGCAGCACCAGGGGGCGCCAGAAGCAGACGACUGUGCAGCGCCGAGCAAGGGCCCCCGAGUCGGGCCGGGCGGCGGCGCCCUCCGGGUGUGAUCUGGAGGCCGGGGCGGGCGAGCGGGGCGGCGGGGCUGAGGGGCUCUGGGAGGGCAGGACGGGCCGUCGGGGCCGCGGGUCUUUCCUCCCUGCGAUAAGUACUGAGCGCCGGCCCCGCGCGCCGGCCCCGCCCGCAGCAGGCUACUGUUUGUUGACUGACUGCGCGACCCAGUGCCUGACCCUGCCUUCUCUCCUUCUCCCCGCAGAGUUUGCCUUCCAGCAGCCGUAUGACCAGGCCCACCUGCUGGCGGCCAUCCCACCUCCCGAGGUCCUCAACCCCACGGCCUCGCUGCCCACGCUCAUCUGGGACUCGCUCCUGGCCCCGCAGGCGCAGCCCGUCCGCUGGGCCGGCCCGCGGCCCCAGGAGGCCCCCGGGGCCGCCGAGCUGACCUCCCUGUCGGACGACGACAGCGGGAAAGGCUCGCAGCCGCCCAGCCCGCCGUCGCCGGCCCCGUCGUCCUUCUCCUCCACCUCAGCCUCGUCCCUGGAGGCCGACAGCUACGUCGCCUUCGCCGGCCUGGGCCGGUUGCCCGCGCAGCUGGCGGGGCUCUCGGUGGCCAAGGACUCGCAGACGCGCAAGGCCUUCAACUGCAAGUACUGCAGCAAGGAGUACGUCAGCCUGGGGGCCCUCAAGAUGCACAUCCGGAGCCACACGCUGCCCUGCGUGUGCGGCACCUGCGGGAAGGCCUUCUCCAGGCCCUGGCUGCUGCAGGGCCACGUGCGCACGCACACGGGCGAGAAGCCCUUUUCCUGCUCCCACUGCAGCCGAGCCUUCGCCGACCGCUCCAACCUUCGGGCCCACCUCCAGACCCACUCGGAUGUCAAGAAGUAUCAGUGCAAGACGUGCUCCCGCACCUUUUCCCGCAUGUCCCUUCUGCACAAACACCAGGAGUCGGGCUGCUCAGGGGGUCCGCGCUGACCCUCAGAGCUCCUCCUGCCUCUCCAAACCCUCCCCCGACCACUGUGGCCUCCCCAACUCCAGGAGGAAGGAGCCUCCCUCCUCCUCACGGCCACGGAAGUCCCUUCUGAGCUCCCCCUUUGUUGGCUGCGUUUGCCCCACAGGACUCUGAGGACCCGCUUCCAGUUCUCUCUGCCUGGUGCCUCGGUGGGCUCAGAGGCCUUUCUGUGAGCCGCUGGGGAGGGUGGCUUGCAGCCAAGAGUUCUGGGGUUGGCCUCUCUGUGUGGGUUUGUGUAUCCAAAGGUGUUUGGACACAGCUGCUUUGAGCUCCGGGCGGGACGAAAGCAGACAGACGGUAGGAAGCCCCCCCGCCCUCAGGGGGACCCACUCCUCCCCCACCCGGAACCCCCAGGCCACCCCUCCAGGAGGUGUGACUAACUAUGCAGUAAUCCACCCCCAGGUUCACCCCCGGGGCCAGUGGGGGCGGUCACUGACCCAGGACUGGUCUAGACCCCAGGAUGCCCCCGGGCCUGGGCAGCUAUUUCGGCCUCCUGUGUGUCAUGGUGGCACCUGUUUCAUGGGCGAUUUAACAACAGUCUCAGAAGAGACUGUGAGUAAUUGCCGUCACUUGUCGGGCAAGUGGGGUGCUUCAGCCCGACCCAUGUGUCUCCCAGAACUAUUUCUGGGGUCUGACAGGUGGGCCCAGGAGGAAGAUGUUUACAUUUUUAAAGGUACACUGGUAUUUAUAUUGCGAGCAACAUUUUGUACUAAGGAAAAGUUUUGUAUAGUUAUAUGUACAGUUUAUUAAUAUUCAAUAAAGUGGUUAAUUUAUGUA